AAACCCCCGGCACUGCCCCCAAAACCCCCGGACUGACCCCAAAACCCCCCGGGACUGACCCCAAAACCCCCGGGACUGACCCCAAAACCCCCCGGGACUGACCCCAAAACCCCCCGGACUGACCCCAAAAUCCCCGGGACUGACCCCAAAAAUGGCAAAGUUUCUGUCCCAGGAUCAAAUCAAUGAGUUCAAGGAAUGCUUUUCCCUGUACGACAAGAAACAGAAAGGGAAGAUCAAAGCCUCGGACCUGCUGGCAGUGAUGAGGUGCCUGGGAGCCAGCCCCACGCCGGGAGAGGUGCAGAGGCACCUGCAGCUGCACAGGAUCGACAGGAACGCAGAGCUGGACUUCUCCACCUUCCUGAACAUCAUGUACCGGCAGAUGAAGCAGGAGGAGCCCGAGGAGGAGAUCCUGAGAGCCCUGGCCAUGAUGGACAGGCAGAAGAGAGGAGUGAUCGCCGUGCGCGAGCUCCGCGCCAAGCUCACCCGGCUGGGGGAGAAGCUUUCCGAGGAGGAAGUGGAUGACCUGCUAAGAGAAGCCAAAGUUGGGCCAAAUGGAACCAUCAAAUACGAGGAAUUUGUGCGCCUCAUUUGCCUCCCCUCGGUGGACUACUGAAAGCCAGAGUGGGAUUUGCUAAGAGCAGCACCUGCAGGGUUCUUAUUUCUAUUUUUCCCAGUUUCUAGUCGGACUUAGGAGCCAUCAGUUGCCUUUCAAAACCUGAUUUUGCCUUCAUUUAGUGCUGACACUUCCAUAGGUUCCCCCCUGAUUCCUGGAAAAACAAGAAAUAAUAUUAUAAUAUGUAUGUUAUUAGAGCAAUAAUAACUGUUAUUGAAAUAAA